GUACGUCCUGUGCCGCGUGAGGAGAAAGCUCUUGCAGGUCUUGCAGGUAGUAAGUACCGCCUCUGUCCCAUACAUCCAUGCUAUUAGCGCUCGCAUAGCCAGACACAGUGUUCCGUAUGAUGUGAUUGACAUCGCCGGUUUGUGUGUGUGUUCGUUUAUGUUUGCUGCUGGCCAUUUUGAUGCCAGUCAUUUGCGUCAUUUGUUUGUGGUGAAACAGAGGAUCAGUUUAAUAGGCAGCACAUCUGCAUGACUGACGUACUUCUACGAUGCCACAUCAGCUGACGUUGACACUGGAACUCUGUCAGACUAUGGGCCCGCUAGAGUUAAAAUACAAAGUUAAUUAGCUUGCAUUGUGUGACCUCAAAACUAGCGAGGAAGUUAAUUAAGGUCCAAUAUGCAACGUACACGGAUGUGAUGGGGAGACUUGAUUUUGUAUCGCAAUUAAUUAUUGUAGAAAAACAAAUGAGAAACAGUAGUUUUAGGGAAGGGGAUCUUUCAUGUAGGCACUGGGUUAAUUUACCACCUAAAUGUAUAAAUGUGAAAUAUACCACACAAUUGCAGUAACAACUCCAUAGGAUUACUGUAUCAAUACUACAGGGGAGUACAGUGAUACCACAAGAGAUGUAAUCAGUAUCGUUUGUUUCUGUCUUUGAUAAUCAUAUAAUCAUCCUACUGUCUUCGUUUUAUGCAUUAGAGAAGUGGCCCCAAUGUGUUCAUGUCGAUGUCGCCCUCAAGUGGUUGGUAAAUGGGAAACCGGAAUGGAGCUGAAAGUGUAAAUUGAAUUUACAAAGUAGUUUUGAUUUUAUAAUUUAAAAUACAUUUUUUCCUCAUCAAACACAUUUUCUUAUUAUUUUUUUUUGUAGCAUUUCUUCCUUUAUAUUGUUCAUAUAUUUCCGUGGUUGGUUGUUGUCCUCAUAUGUGUCCACUGUGUCGACACUAAUACUUAUGGACAAAAUUAAACAUUUCUAUAGGCUGUUUGCACAGCUUUGGAACAUGGAUUCUGUUUUUCGUUCGUUCGUUUUUUAUUUUGCUCCUCAAACACCUUAUUAAUCACCAAAUCCAAUGUACAACAAAUCAUAGAGUAAGGUAAUAACAUAAGGUUCAAUGCAAUAGGCUCACAAUCUAAUCAAAGUACAGCAAACAUUUAAAAAACAACACAAAUAAAAUAAAUACUAAAUGCAUGUAAUGUAAAGCAGAAUAGAUACAUGAAAUGACACUAACGCCCUUAUUGAUUGUUGUUAUUGACGUCGGUGAGCGAUCUGAAGCAGCUGUCGAUGAGCUAUCGUGAGAAACGUGCUGUCUGCUCCACACAGUGACAACCUGUAGGGGGCAGUGUAGUCGAGAGAGUAACACGGAUGAGGUGGCGAAGCGCUUGAUUUGUGAACCAGAGAAGACACGGAUAGCAAUUAUCUUUACGUUAGAGUUGACCCAACUCUAAAAACAAUUCCAUUUCUUGGUCAUUCAUUUCACCGUCAUUCACCCAAAGAACAAUUUUUGUGUUGCAAUAUACUACUACUACUACUACUACUACUACCACCACUAUUACUACUACUAAUACUGAGAAGAAGGUUUCCUGAAGGAUAUCAGCUUAAGUACUGACACAGGCGGUGACAUUACAUCUUCACGUUUUUAACAGUGUAUCUUCUCCUGUAGUGUACAAUAGCAUAGCUACACAAUGGGUCUUGAAAUAUAUUUGUGUACUCAUCAUAAAAUUAGAUAAUCAAUCAACACAACAUUAUUUUUCUCCUUUGUUAACACCGCCUCUUUGGCUGUCUCUGACAGGAAAACAUUCGCACCUAGCCGUUGCCCCACGUGUCUCAUAGCUGUUGCACAAAAACAUCACGAGUGGCUGCUGUAGCUGUGUGUAGUACAAAUACAGCACAUGGUAGCUGCUUAUCGCGACGGACACGGCCGGGGCCCCAAACUCUCCAGCUUGUUUUGAAUUCUCCGUUUGGAAGUUACAGUCGCAUACCGUUUACUCCGUUAGCUGUUAGUUGUAAAGAACCUACAACUUUGAAGUCGGUUUGUCUUUGUGCAGAGGCUGUGAGCGAGCGAUAUAUAGCGGGUUCGAGGACUUUUAAAGACGCUAGUCCCACUCCGCCUGCAGCAGUCACGCAGAAAGCUAGCAUGUCGACCGGCACGAAUGAAGCCAAAUGCUGCCCCAUACCCACCAGGGUGCUCACCCUGAAUGACUGGUCCCAGCUACCCGACUGUUACAGCCAGACACCCGGGGGGACCCUCUUCUCCACCACGCCAGGAGGUACCCGAAUCAUUUAUGACAGGAAGUUUCUGUUGGAUUGUCGAAACUCCCCUCUGGCCCGGACCCCCCCAUGCUGUCUGCCCCAGAUCCCCGGGGUGACGGUACCCGCUACACACAAUAUGGGGAAACUGCAGGAUCUCAAAGAGGAGGCAGAGGAAGAAGAGAAGGACAUUGCAGAUGACAACCAGUUUGAGAUGGACAUCUGAGCUCCAGUAUUACCUCCUGUGGAGAAUUAUCAUUUAAAACACCUCCAAGGUCAUUCGUGACUGUAAUGCAUUACAUAUAAAGCUUUUUCUUUCACCUUUUUUAAAUAAAAGCUUUUGUGAGGAACCAAAAAAGAAUGGAGAAGUUGGGAAACUGUAGGGUGUUUUUGACCCUAGAAUAAGUGUUAAGCAAAGAAAUGGUAUUGAAUGGGCUAAUUAGUGGCUCACUCACUUCAGAGCUGCAGCAGGAUUGAAAAAAAUCCAUUUUGAUUUCACUUUUUUUAAUCUUUUGUAAAUAUCAUUGUACAAUGUAGCCUAUUUUUUAAGUUGGGAAUACAGGAUGAUUACAUUAAGACAUGUAGUUUUUCACUGCAGGCAUCAGUUGUUUUGUUGUAUAUCUUCUCCCCCCCCCCCCCCCCCCCAAAAAAAAAACAGAUGGUAAACUUUCUUUGUGAUAAUAUUGGGGGUCAGGGCCUACUGAAAAUCAGCGCCUUCUCUGUUUUGUAUGGUGGGAGAGCUGAAAUGUGAAUAAUUUCAAAUAAAGGCUAUUCAAACUGCCAGCAA